AUGAGGCUGUCGAGCCGGGCGCUGGAAGAUCGGCUGCGGGAUGCGCAUGCCGCCGCGCCACUAGACGAGGCGCGGAACAGGAAGAAGCCGCAAGAGGACACAACGCAGCUGCAACAACAACAACAAGAGCAGCACCAACCUGUAGCUGACGUCGUCUUUGUCUCGAAGGAGAUUGAGCGAUUGCGCCGGGAGCGACGGGCAGUUGUGGAGGGAAGUGCGGGUGCUUUAGACGAGGAGAGCGACGUGGUGCGCUGCCUGGACGCGAGAAUAAGCGACCUGGUGGAGCAACUCCGCACUCGUGGCCAUUCGAUGCAGACGAUGACAGGAUGA